AAAAUGGCGGGUUUACUUUGUUUACACGCAGGCGAUGCAAAAACCGAUUCGAAGCUAAUCGUUGACCGUCUCCAAUUUCCGAUUCUGGAUUCUUCGCCUUCCGGCACUGAAUUUUCAUUCAACAACUAAAAUCUCAAAAUGAUUAAAGUGCUGAAAUUUCUGCUGCUCUCCUCGUUGGUUAAGAUGGCGGUGGUGGUUGCUGCUAUCGUGCGCACCUGGUCCAAUUUCCCUUUCCGAAGAGAAAUGCCACGUCAGCAAAAGAGUAAAAGGGUUAGCAGCUGACAAAAGAGGAAGAUUUGUGGGUGUGGUGCGUGUGGGGAAAGAGGGUGGGUGAGUCGGUGAGUUGUUUGGUCAGGUCUGCUACGCUCAAGUCAAACACCCACAACGGACUCCUCUGGACUUGUUCUUCCUUUCUCUUUAUAAAAACAAAACUCCCAUAUUCUUUGAUUCACCAAACCAAAAAAUAAAAAAAUAAAAAAAAAAUUCCAUAUUCUUUCCCAUAUCUCUCUCUCUCUCUCUCUCUCUCUCCCCCCCCCCCCCCCCCCCCCCCCUCCCCCCCGCGGGUCAAAUUCCCACAACCCGUCUCCGCGACGCACAAUCACCCAGGUUUCUGACUAAUAUUUGCACCACUUUCACGCCAUGGAUGUGACCUCCUGCUCCAGUGUUCUUCCCAAGACCAAGCUUUAUGGUCCGAAUUUUUACAAUUCAGAUGCCAAAUUUUCAUUGUCACACUCUUGCACCCGAUUCAGAACCUCUGUCUCAUGCCAUUCAUCUAAGAAUUCCCAGCAUAAUUCAACAACUCAACCACUGGCAAUGCUGUGUUCUAGCUCCAGGGAUAAUAGGCAGGCAACUUUUGGAGAAUCGCAUCAACCCAUUGACAAGAGAAACCCUGUUGGGAAAACAUUUUCUUCUGUGGGAGUUUGUGAAUAUGAUGGAACGCUGGUAGAAUCUCAUUCACAUGCAACAGAAGAAAAGAUUGGAGUGCUGCUUUUAAAUCUGGGAGGACCAGAAACGCUAAACGACGUUCAACCUUUCUUGUAUAACCUGUUUGCCGAUCCGGAUAUUAUCCGUCUACCAAGUUUGUUUCAGUUUAUCCGACGUCCAUUAGCUAAAUUAAUCUCUGUGCUUCGUGCUCCUAAAAGUAAAGAAGGAUAUGCUGCUAUAGGAGGUGGUUCACCUUUGCGUAAGAUCACAGAUGAGCAGGCACAUGCACUUAAAAUGGCUUUGGAAGCUAAGAAUUUGCAUGCAAAUGUCUAUAUUGGAAUGAGGUACUGGUAUCCAUUCACAGAGGAAGCAAUUCAGCAAAUUAAGAAGGAUAGGAUAACAAGGCUUGUUGUGCUGCCUCUUUAUCCACAGUUCUCCAUCUCUACAACUGGAUCUAGCAUACGUGUGCUUCAGAGUGAAUUCAGGGAAGAUGCCUAUCUGUCAAGGCUGCCUGUUUCAAUUAUAAAAUCAUGGUAUCAAAGAGAAGGUUAUAUUAAAUCUGUGGCUGACUUGAUAAUGAAGGAGCUAGAGAGUUUUACUGAGCCUGCAGAGGUUCGUAUAUUCUUCAGUGCACAUGGUGUUCCAGUCAGCUAUGUUGAAGAAGCAGGAGAUCCAUACAAAGAUCAAAUGGAGGAGUGCAUCUACUUAAUUAUGCAAGAGUUGAAAGCUAGAGGAGUCUAUAAUGAACAUACUCUUGCUUACCAGAGUCGAGUUGGUCCUGUACAAUGGUUGAAGCCCUACACUGAUGAAGUUAUCGUUGAGCUUGGUCAGAAAGGUGUGAAAAGUCUCCUAGCCGUUCCAAUCAGCUUUGUCAGUGAGCACAUUGAGACACUUGAAGAAAUAGAUAUGGAGUACAAGGAGUUGGCUCUUGAAUCUGGCAUUCAGAAUUGGGGUCGUGUUCCUGCUCUUAAUUGUACCUCUUCCUUCAUAACGGAUCUGGCAGAAGCAGUAGUAGAAGCUCUACCAUCAGCAAGAGCCUUGACAACUGCAACGAGUACCUCUCAAGAGAUUGAUCAUGACCCUGUCAGAUAUGCUAUUAAGUUGUUCUUUGGUUCCAUCCUAGCAUUUCUUUUGUUUUUAUCCCCAAAAAUGAUUACAGCUUUCAGGAAUCAUCUCAUUUGAGGGAGAACUACAUAUUUAAGCUGCUGCAAUAUUAAUUUUGAUACAUUAGUUGAGUUGGAGCUUUACCGGGUUUUCUUUAUAACACUCAAGACAAAUGCAUACAGAAUGGAUGAUUAAUUAGAUGGAAGUUUUUAUUUGGAUUCAA